AUGUGGCUCAAACCCGAAGAGAUCCUGUUGAAAAACGCCUUUAAACUGUGGGUCACCGAGAAGGAUAAUGAGUAUUUUGUGCUUCAAAGAAGGCGAGGUUACGGGGAGGGUGCAGGCGGCUUGACAGGUCUCCUCGUGGGAACGCUGGACACAGUUUUGGAUUCUACAUCCAAAGUUGCUCCUUUCCGUAUUCUGCACCACACGCCAGACUCACAAGUGUAUUGGUCGAUAGCAUGUGGCGUUACCAAGGAGGAGAUAGUCCAGCACUGGGAUUGGCUCCAGCAGAAUAUCAUGAGGACGCUCUCGGUGUUUGAUUCCAGCGAGGACAUCACCAGUUUUGUCCAGGGCAAGAUCAGAGGUCUGAUAGCCGAAGAAGGGAAGGCGUCCCACGUGCAUGAAGAUGAUCCUGAGAAGUUCAGAGAAGCUUACUUGAGGUUCGAGAAUUGGUUUGCGCUGCCACCCGAGGAGAAGUUGGUCACGUAUUACGCCUGUACGUACUGGAAAGGCAAAGUGCCCUGCCAGGGUUGGCUCUACCUCAGCACCAACUUCCUCUGCUUCUAUUCCUACCUGCUGGGAGCGGAAGUAAAACUGGUGAUCUCUUGGGACGAGAUAUGGAGGUUGGAGAAAACGUCCAAUGUCAUCCUGACCGAGAGCAUCCACGUGGUGGCUCACGGGGAGGAUCACUACUUCUCCAUGCUGCUGCGCCUCAACGAAACGUUCGUCAUUAUGGAGCAGCUCGCCGACUACUCCAUCAAGCGCCUUUUUGAUAAAGACGCCUUUGAAAGCCAGAGAGCACUCUCAGACCCCCUGCAAAUUACCAAGAGAGGCCUAGAAGCUCACGCAAAGAGCGAGCAGUUCCGGACAUUUUUCAGGCUGCCCAAAGAGGAAAAUCUGCUAGAAGUGCACGAGAGCUUCCUUUGGGUGCCGUUCAGUCAUUUUAAUACGCUUGGCAAGAUAUGCCUAUCCGAAAGCUACUUGUGUUUUGCCAGCCAGGACGGGAGCCAGUGUCACAUCAUCAUUCCGAUGCGCGAGGUCGUUAAUGUUGAUAAGUCAGAUACCGGCAGCCGCGCUUUAACGGUGUACGUGCGUGGGAAAAGGGCCCUCCGUUUCACGGAGGUGCGGGACUACCAGCGACUGGCGACGACCAUCCGCGGCAGAUGCGGAAUCAGCGCCAGCCCUCAGCACUCCGCCUCCGCCGAGGUUAUACGCGGGGAAUGUCAGUCGCUCAUCAACCACUUUGAGGACAACCCGGAGGAUGUGACACUGAUGGUGGGCCAAAAAGACAGCAGCAAGGCAGUGAGCACAGAGGCUCUCAUGACUGUUUUUCAUCCCCAGGAUGUGGAAAACCUUGACCCAAAAAUGCUUAAAGAGAAGAUGAAAGAACAAUCUUGGAACAUCCAUUUUUCCGAAUACGGCCGCGGUACAAGUAUGUUCUUCACCCGGAAGACCCGCGACCUGAUUGUCCGUGGCGUUCCCGAAUCCUUGAGAGGCGAGUUGUGGCUGCUUUUCUCAGGCGCCGUGAACGACAUGGCGACUCACCCCGGCUAUUACACGGAGCUGGUUGAACAAUCUCUCGGCACGAGCACGUUGGCUACAGACGAGAUUGAAAGAGACCUUCAUCGUUCUCUGCCGGAGCAUCCCGCCUUUCAGAGCGAUACGGGAAUCUCCGCUCUGCGCAGAGUCCUCACUGCGUACGCUUACAGAAAUCCCAAAAUUGGCUACUGCCAGGCCAUGAACAUUCUCACCUCGGUUUUGCUGCUCUAUGCCAAAGAGGAGGAAGCCUUUUGGCUCUUAGUGGCUGUCUGCGAGAGGAUGUUACCCGAUUACUUCAACCGCAGGAUUAUAGGGGCUCUGGUGGACCAGGCUGUGUUUGAAGAUCUAAUUCGGGAAAACCUACCACAGCUGGUGGAAAACAUGACGGACCUGAGUUUCUUCUCGUCCGUCUCUCUGUCCUGGUUUCUCACUCUCUUUAUCAGCGUGCUCCCCAUCGAAAGCGCCGUCAACGUGGUGGACUGCUUUUUCUACGACGGCAUCAAAGCCAUCUUGCAGCUUGGCCUGGCCGUGCUCGAUUACAACGUGGACGCUCUGAUCAGCUGCCACGACGAUGCGGAAGCUGUCACAAUCCUCAACAAAUUUUUUGAUAGCGUGACCAACAAAGACAGCCCGCUGCCUCCGACUGUACAGCAAGCCCCUGUGAGCAACAACAAUAAAUCGACCCGCUCAAACGUGGACAUCAAUGAAUUGAUCCGAGAAGCCUACGAGAAAUAUGGCAACAUUCGCUCAGAAGAGGUGGAGAGCUUUCGAAAAAGAAACAAGCUGUUUGUGAUCCAGACACUGGAGGACACGACCAAGCAGAAUGUUACGCGCGUCGUGUCCCAAGACGUGAAGUUUACUCCUGCCCAGCUCGACGAGCUGUACAAUUUGUUCAAAAGGCAACAUUUUCUCAGCUGCUACUGGACAAUGAAGAGUCCAGCGCUGCUUCACCACGACCCGAGUCUGGCCUACUUGGAGCAAUACCAGCUGGGCUUCCAACAGUUUAGCGUACUCUUUUCCUUGCUGGAGCCUUGGGCUUUUUGCGCCAAUAAAAGCACGCUUUCGUUAUGGGUUUUUCGCUUAAUCGACGAGAAUCAAGAUGGCCUAGUAAACUUUAAAGAGUUCUGUUGCGCCCUCGAUAAUUUGUACUGUGGAUCUUUCACAAAUAAACUCAAGUUCCUCUUCAAGCUGCAUUUACCACCAGCUUUCACAGGUAGUCCUUUGCAGGAACAGGAGGAAAAUCUCUCCAACUUUUUUCCAGUGACAGAAGGCUCUCCUCACUUUAGUAAACUUCCUGAGUUCGAUCUUCCGGAAGAUGGCGUAAUUAAGAAAAGUCCUGAAAGAGGUCGAGGGAAAGUGGACCUGCAGGCGUAUCUCAAACAAUGGCAGAACGAAAUACUUAGGAAAGAGGAAACCAUCAAGGACCUUCCUAGAAUUAAUCAGGCUCAGUUCAUUCACUUCUCCAAGACCUUGUACAACAUUUUCCACGGCGACCCUGAAGAGGAGUCUCUGUACCGUGCCGUGGCUCACGUGACCAGCCUCCUUUUGAGAAUGGAGGAAGUGGGCCGGAGGCUGCAGGAGCCGGGCGGCCCGGCCGCAUCCGUAGAGCCUUCGGCACCCGCCGACGGCCCCCGGGAAGCGGGGCCCGGGCUCCCCGCCGCGGACUGGUCCUUCUCUUUCGAGCAGGUCCUCGCGUCUUUGCUGAACGAGCCGGCGAUCGUGGGCUUUUUCGAAAGACACAUGGACAUUCAGACAAAAUUGACGCAAGCCCACGUGGCCCAGCUAAAGCUAACGGGAAACGGCAAGUGA